GAGGAUAAUAAUAAUGGGAGAGCUGGUAUCGCAGAAGGAUGUAAAAAAAGCGAUUGAAGCAAUCAAAGAAAGUCCCAUGGUUUUCAGGACACCUAUGGUUCAAAAUGCUGAAAACAUCUUUGGUUUUCAAAACCGAUGCAAACUGCAUUUAAAAUUGGAGAACAUGCAAAACACAGGAUCAUUUAAAGUGCGUGGUAUUGUCAAUCAGUUUGCCAAUAUUCCUUCUGAGAUUAUCAACGGUAACAAAAACCUUGUGUCUAUGUCCGCUGGAAAUUAUGGAAAGGCAUUCGCAUUGGCUACAAAGAAGCAAAACCUUCCAGCCACCUUGUGCAUGCCUGAGAGUGCACCUCUCAGUAGAGCAAAACUGAUUGAGAGUUUUGGUGUGCAAGUGGAAAGAAUGCCGACAAGUGCUUUACAAGACACUGUUGAUCGCCAUGUUGCUGAAGAUGGCAUGCAUUUUCUUCAUCCAUUUGAUGACCUUCAUCUCAUUGCUGGUUAUGCAAGUGCUGGUCUUGAGAUAUUAGAAGAAGUUCCUGAACCUGAUGUGGUGAUCCUGUGUUGUGGAGGUGGUGGAUUGCUCUCUGGAGUGGCAGCAGCCAUCAAACUUCUAGGAGAUAAAACAACAAGAAUAUUUGGUGUGGAGCCAGAGGGUGCUCCUACAAUGUACUUGAGCAAACAGCAUGGUCAUGCCGUCAGCGUUAAGUCAACAAAUACCAUUGCUGCAGGAUUGGCCCCACCUUACGCAGGAACAUACACUUUUCGUCAUGUGCAGGAGUUUGUUGAAGAUAUUAUUUUAGUGACAGAUGAAGAAAUAAAGAGUGCAGUGAAGACAUUUUUCCAUGCUGGUCUUGUUGUUGAACCUUCUGGUGCUGCAGCAUUUGCUGCUCUACAGGCAAACAAAAUUCCUGAUGUGAUGCCGGGAAGCAAUGUUGUUGUCAUGGUUACUGGAGGAAAUAUCACACCAGAGGAACUGUGUGAUCUGAUUAGUUAGCAAAAAAAUGACUUUGUAAUUUCUGCAAAUGUUUUACAAUAAAGAUAAACAAAGAAAAAAGUUAAAUGUUU